GAUUUGUAUUGCCGACUUUGCCUUGCUGUAAAUUCCCAGCUACAUUUAACAUAUUACUGUUACUCAAGCUGACUGUGGCGAUACGCUUAUUGCGUUUUAGACUUUGCGUUACGCUUACAACGCCAUUUUGGCUGCUGUACCAAAGGGAAUUUACCGUUUUAACGCUGACCUUGCAAGUACUCGAAUUUAACAUAUUCGCAACAGCGAGGAUUUAAAUAACGUAAAAAUAAAGUAAAAGGCAGCUCCAAUUGCAAAAUGUCUGAAUUGGAUUGGGAUGAUCCAAACUACGUGGAGCCGCCCGCAAAAUACUCGCAAUCAACAUAUAACGAGAAUUACAAAGAUGAUUAUUCUCGGGGUCGGCGCAGCGGCGGCAGAUAUGACAGCCACAAUAAACGCGACAGAGAGCAUCGCGAGAUUUACAGUAACAAGCGUCGCGAUAAUUACGAAAGAGAUGGAAACAGCCACGUGAAGAUCGCUGCCGAGCACGCUUUCAGCGAAUCGCUAAAAAUCUCCACGGAUAUGGUGGGCCGAGUCAUUGGACGCGGUGGUUCGAAUAUAGCGCGCAUUCAGAAUGAGUUCACAGUGCGCAUCAAUGUAGAUAAAGUCGAUCUUCUGGUUAAGGUCUCUGGUAAUUUUCAACUAAAUGUCAGCGAUGCUGUGAAUGAGAUACGCAAGCACAUCAGCGGCAAGGGAGGAGGAGGAGGAGGAGCGGGCUACGGCCGUUCCAACGAAGGAGGCUAUGGCCAGUCUGAUGGAGGCGGCGGCGGCUAUGGGCGUUCCCAUGGUGCAGGCUAUGGUCGCUUCGACGAAGGAGUCGAUGACUAUGGUCAUUCCAACCAUAAGAGCAAUGGCGGCGGACAAAGCAAUUAUGAGUUUACAGCGUCGGCAGCACGACCAGAAACUGCAGCCGAUGGCGACUUGACGGGCACCAUCGACUGGGAAGGCCUAAACAAGGCAUCAAAAAUAGCUGAGGCCGCACGCUGGGCCAAAUGCCCGAAAUUGAUAAAGGACUUCUACAAAGAGUUGCCGGAGGUGGCCAAUCUGUCCGAGGCAGAGGUGGCACGCAUACGCAUGGAGAACAACAAUAUUAGUGUUUCGCAUGUCUUUGAAGCGAAGGAGGGCGAAAGCCCAACGCCCAUACCCAAUCCUGUAUGGACUUUCGAGCAGUGCUUUGCCGAAUAUCCCGAUUUGCUGGGCGAAAUACAGAAGCAGGGCUUUGCGCAUCCAUCGCCCAUACAGUCGCAAGCUUGGCCCAUUCUGCUCAAGGGUCAUGACAUGAUUGGCAUCGCUCAAACGGGCACAGGCAAAACGCUCGCCUUUCUGUUGCCCGGCAUGAUACACACCGAAUACCAGAGCACGCCACGUGGCACACGCGGUGGCGCCAAUGUCCUGGUCUUGGCGCCCACACGUGAGCUGGCGCUCCAGAUCGAAAUGGAGGUGAAGAAGUAUUCCUUCCGCCAAAUGAAAGCUGUUUGCAUCUACGGCGGCGGCAACCGUAAUAUGCAAAUUUCGGAUGUGGAACGUGGCGCUGAGAUUAUAAUCUGUACGCCGGGUCGUCUAAAUGAUUUGGUGCAGGCCGGCGUUGUCAAUGUGUCGUCAAUAACCUAUCUGGUGCUGGACGAAGCGGAUCGCAUGCUGGACAUGGGCUUUGAGCCGCAGAUACGCAAAGUUCUGCUCGACAUACGGCCGGACAGGCAGACCAUAAUGACAUCGGCCACCUGGCCGCCAGGUGUGCGCCGUUUGGCACAAAGCUAUAUGAAGGAUCCCAUACAGGUGUGCGUCGGCUCACUGGAUCUGGCCGCUACGCAUUCCGUGAAGCAGGUCAUUGAACUUCUGGAGGAUGACAGGGAUAAGUUCCAUGCGCUUAAAUCGUUUGUUAAGAACAUGUCCAAGACGGACAAGAUAAUUGUGUUCUGUGGCCGCAAGGCUCGCGCCGAUGAUGUCUCCAGUGAUUUAUCCCUGGAUGGUUUCGCCACACAAUGCAUUCACGGCAACCGGGAUCAGAGCGAUCGUGAACAGGCUAUUGCAGAUAUUAAAUCGGGCAUAGUACGCAUUUUAAUUGCCACCGAUGUGGCAUCGCGUGGUCUGGACAUUGAGGACAUAACCCAUGUCAUCAACUACGAUUUCCCACGUAACAUUGAGGAGUAUGUGCAUCGUGUGGGUCGCACGGGCAGAGCCGGACGCCUUGGCACGUCCAUUAGCUUUAUUACACGCGACGACUGGGGCAUUGCCAAGGAGCUGAUUACCAUAUUGGAAGAGGCUGCCCAGGAAGUGCCCGAGGAGUUGCGUCACAUGUCCAAACGUUUUGCGGCCAUGAAACAACGUCGUGCAGCCGAAGGUGGAGCUGUUGGUGGACGUGCCGGCGGGCGCGGUGGCGGCCGUCGUGAUCGUUACUAAAUCUGACGAAAUU